AUGCGUGCCGUCAACGCCGCAUCCAAGUCUCUCUCAACCCUCGUCGAUUCUGGAUGGAGGAUGUCCCAGUCCAACACAUCCGACCGCCCUACCACCGCCUCUGCCACAAAGACUGCCACCGCUGCCCGCAAAGAUCUCACCACUCUGCGAUAUCUCAGCCCGGGUCAAGUAGACAUUGAGCGAGCGGCCUCGAGUAUCAUCACCAAGCUCGUCACUCUCGAGAUGUACCACGCCGCCCUUGGCCUCCUCCAAGAUAUGCGUCAACCUCUUAUUGCUCUCUACCACCCUGCGCCUCCUCCUCCUUCUGCGCCCUCUCCUCUCGACUUGCUCGCUCUCCCACUCUUCGACCCAUCCAUCUCAGAACUCCAUAUAAGCCUUAUAUCUACCUAUCUCAUACAAAUCCUCCAAGUCCUUUCAAACACUACGACCGAUAUCCCUGCCCUUGUCGCGGCGCUAUACGAUCCAGCUAUCCCCACUCUUCUCGCCUGGACAGCUGCCAUGUCCACCCUCCCAGAGAAGCAAUACGACCAGUUCUUUGCCCGCGCGUACACUAUCACCUCUCGCCUCGCAUCCACCCCUGUUCCCGCCUCGUCUGCUUACUCACUUCGAAUAUACUCGCUCCUCUGCCUCGCCCACACACGACCAUCCGUCGUCGCCCCAAACACGUUCUGGGAGCAGGCCGUCAAGUUCACCGCCAUGUUCGCCAACACAGACUCAGUCUCUCCGGAAGGCGCCGCUCAGUCCGUGUCCGACUCGUGCGCGAGGCUCGUUGCCGCCGUGGAGAAGAGGCAGGAUUGCGCCGACUUCAUGGCCGGAGUCGCUUUCGCCCGGUUUUGCGAAUAUUGGAGUCGCUUCGCGAAGCAGGCGGGUGAUUUGCGCGCUCUCGAGCAAGUAGGCCGGCUCGUACGAUAUGGAAACCACGAGUCCCAAGCAGAGGAAGACCGCACUGUCAUCGAAGCAUCCGUGCUGGCUACGUCGCUCGCCCGUGCGCUCGCCGUGUUCGAACAGUCGACAGAGCACGCGCCAGACUUCACGUCCAGGAUCAGCGAGUUCACUGUCGACAUCAAGGGUUGCGGGCCCUCACUCGCACAGAGCGGUGGCGACCACGACCGGGUGAAGCGCGGACUUGAGAGACUGCGUCGAGCCGCAGUCAAAGUCGUCGAGCCAUCCCAGGAGUUGAAGACCUCUUUCACACACGAAGUCAAGAGUUCUGCGAGAGCAGUCUUGGAGCAGAUCGUGGACGUGCAUUGCGAGGCAAUUACUCAGCGGAAUGCGUUCUCAUCGAGCACGCUCACCCCUGCCCUGGAAACCCUGUUUACCCUCGCGCGGACCUCGUUCGUAGUAAACAACCCAGACACCUACACCGUUGCGCAUUCCCAUCUUGCACGCGCUGCUGCUCUUCUCUCCGACCCACCUGCGUCCAGCUCAGUCUCUAAACUAGCACUCGCAGGUUACACACGCUGCGUCGCGGGGGUAUACCACUACCUCGCGGGACAGCUGCAUCAAAGCGGACGCUAUGACCAUACAGUGCGCUUGGCGGAAGAAGGCUGCCGUCUCGGGCAACGCGCGCUGCAGAUGUAUCACGCGGCCAAGAACGAUGCGAGCACAGACGUUGAUGGCGAAAGCAAGGGUAAAGAGGAGGCUUGGAAGCUGCUUGAGGAGCAGCUCUACAGACGGUGGGAGCUCUUGGCUGUGUGCCAUGCGAAGACGGGCGACCGCACGUCUGCGUACGAGGCGUUCCUCAACAGCGUCAGCGCCUUCCCCUUCACUCAGCACAAGUUGGCUGAGCUAGCACGCACAACUCCGCCCACCGCGCUCUUCGAGGCCUCCCCCGCGCUCAAGCAGCUCGGCGCACUCGUAGACCGCGUCACGUACAUCGCUUCGUGCGAGCUCUUCAAAGGCCCCGAGGCUGUCUCCGCCUCAUCCUGGUUUGCUGUCGGCUCGUCUACAUUGAGCAAGGACGAUACCGCUUGUGUCCUUGGCGCAAUUCUCGAGCGGCAGAUCAGCAGCCUGGAAGAGAGCAAAUGGAAGCAGGGUGUACAGAGUGUCUUGCGCAGGCUGAUCGAAGACGCGCUCGAGGUGUACACGGCGGAGCAGCGUCCUGUGCGACGUGCGCGCGUCCUGCUCAAGAGACUCGAGCUGUCCUACCACUCCGGCUUGACGAGCACGGAGCAGAACGAAGAUGCGACGCAGUAUCAUGAGGAAGCCAAGAGCCUCCUCUCGCGCCAGGACUUUGCGCUUGACGGCGCCCUCGCCCAAUACUCAUCCGAGUUCUCGGCCUCGCUCCAUCUUUGGCUUGCAGUCCACGCGCAUCGCACGCGUGACCCUGCACUCUCGCCCUCCGUCAUCUCUCACACAGAGGAAGCUUGCAAGAUAAUACGUGCCAUGGUUCCCGCUCCCGUUCCCAGGUAUUCCGUCGGCCCAAGGCCGUCCCUCCUCGGCAGUACUUCGAAAGCGCCGAGGAACAAGAUCGUCGAGCCUGCUCCCGCCGAGUCACAACUUCCGCGGAGGAUGACGAGAGGCAAGGCCGCCGCCACGGGGCGCACAAAAGCAGCCCCACGCGCGACGAAGCCCAAGGCUCCACCCGUUACGCCAAGGAGGCGGAGAGCGCUGGAUCCUGUCUCACUCAACGCGGCAGUUGUGACUCCUCCGAAGGCUACUGCGACCGACGGGGUCCAGGUCAAGGUCGAUUUUGACGAUUUCUCGAAGUUCAUCGGGCUCAUCCGUAUGGUGUCUCAUCUCAUCGGAUUGGUCGGCCACAUCCUCGUCAGAGUGCAGCUACUCAACGCAGCCAGGCGAUUGAGCGAGAGGCAUACUGGCGUGGCUUCUGAAGUGUACGUCUCUUUGACGAUCGACAUCGCGCACGAGUAUGUCAAGUUGGGAAGAGCUGAGAAGGCUGCGUCCAUUCUGGCGCACGUUCUCCCUGCUGUGCGCAGUGGCUCCCUAUCUCCGGACGUCGUGGUCGUCCUAUUGUUGCGAAACUCAGAGGCACUUGCGGCGUCCGGCGAAGUGCUCAAGGCCUCGAUGACAUACUGCGAUGCCGUCGCUACGGCUGCCGACUGUGUAGUUGAGGAGAAGGGCUUGCCAACGGCGCAGCGCGUCCGUGUGCGGGCCGCACUCUUGGAGCGUGCCGCGCAAGCUGCGCUAUCAUAUGCCGCCAUCCAGGAUGCAAGGGACGAUCCUACGUCCUCCAUCGAGGGACUCAUGCAAGCAUUGCGCCUCUGGAACCGCGCCAUUGAUACGCUUUCCCGGCUGCAGCCUUCAACGCCCACGAAGCAGCCUGCGGAGGAAAAUCCAUUCGAAGUGACUUCUAAGCAGCCGGAAGACUCCGGUCCCUCCAGCCAAGAGACGCGGAUACUCUCUCCUCGCGCCUCGAAAGCGCAUGUCUUCGUAGACUCCUGCGGGUGGCGCUUAGCUGAGGGCCUGCUCUCCACCCUAUUGUCCCUUUCCCAGGCCUACGCAGCUCGCGGGUCCGCACGAGAAGCCGAGUUUUUCGUCCAGCAGACGAAAGACCUCGCGGAAUCGUUGCAUGCCCCUGUUAUGAUUAGCCGCGCUCUCGCCCAACAUGGCGAACUUCAAAUACAGCUCGGUCAACUGCAGGAGGGCCACCAGUCUCUCAUGCGCGCCGCAGAGCUCGUGAUGCAUCUGAAGGGACCGGACGCGGCUGAAAUCAGGCGGCUACAGGGCCGGUACAACCAGCUCAGCGCCGACUCAAAGGGCGCACGGCAAUUGUUCGAAGAAGCAACGACUCUCCUCGAUGAGCUUGGGAGUAUGUUCUCUGCUCUAGACGGCGCUAACUGGGCUAGGACGUCCUUGAUCGUGUCCCCUCGGUCUCUGAACGCUCAGCUGUCAGAUAGUGUCCUUGCACCUACACUACUCGCAAGAGUACUGAGGCAUCAGAUCUCCCUCCUGCAUGAGGUCGGUGAAGAGUAUACGCAGCUGCUUGAGAAAUUCGCAAAGUUGCCUCAUAACGCAGAGACGAAGUCGGAGGAGAUCGCUCUCAGAGCUAAGCUCACCCUCGACGAGGUGUACUCCCGUUUCCGCGCAGAUAUGUUCCUCAGCUCGCUCGCUGAGUCAGGAGGCAUAGCCAUGACCAUUCCGAUGGGAAUGUCGGGUGACAUACCACCGUCGUCCGCAUCUCAAGAUAUGCUUGAGACACUCACCACCGCAGAGAAGUUGUUCUGGGAUCAUCUCACUUAUGUCGCGCGUCGCGGACACGUGUCCUCCGUUCGUGACGCAGCGGUGUGUCUGGCCUUGAUUAGGACCUUCCGGACGAGCCUAGGCCGUGGAGACAAGUAUACGCCUAUCCUUGCUGCCCAGCUUCUAGACGCUUCGACCGUGACUACCUUGCGACGCGAGAUGGUUGAAGUCAUCCGUCACAAAUUCCUGGAACUCAACGCGACCGACGACUUGCAAUGGCCUCUCAUCACGCCCAAUGGAUCGCCGCUUCCCCCGUCAGUCAAGCCUCGACGGGUAGCGCAGUUCAGUCAUCCGAAAUUCCCGGAAGAGAAUGACGACGACGAGGAAUCGCUCGACGACGUCGACCUCAAGUCUUACUGGGAUUCCAUAGCUAAGCGAUACGGAGAGCAAUGUUUCGACUCGCAACGUCUGUCGAUCAGCCAAGUCGACGCACUGCCUGCGAACUGGACUGUUGUCAAUGUUAGUGUUACUGAGGAUAGGCACACGAUGUUUGUCACUCGUCAACGUACAGGCCAGAAGCCACUCAUAUUCUGCUUGCCGCUCAAAGGACGACGAGACGGACAAGAAGAUGAACAUCUGACGUUCGAAGAUGCAAUCGGUGAACUUCAGGAGAUAAUCCGACUGAGUGACGAAGGCGCACGUCAGGCUGGAGACGUCAAGAAGGACGAUAAGGCUGCUCGCGUUGCAUGGUGGAAGAGUCGGACUGCACUCGACACGCGACUCAAAGAGCUCUUGACCGACAUCGAGUUCUGCUGGCUCGGAGCGUUCAAGACAAUCUUCAAUGCUUCCAGAGACGUCCAUCCAGACGACUUAGCGGUGCUCAGGUCACGUCUGGACACCAUAUUCAUGGGCAGCCUCGUGUUCCAAGACAAGAAACCCAAAUCGCGGAUUGGCCUCGAUGACGGUCUUCUCGAAUGCUUCUCCCGCCUUCCUCCUACGUGUCGCGACGAGGAGUUGGAGGACCUCAUAUACUUCAUCCUCGACCUAUACCAGUUCCACGGAAUUCCAAUCGCCAUAUCGGAAGUGGAUAUGGAUCAGAUCGUCGUCGAGUUACGCAAUGCUCUGGAAGAGCACUCGGUGCGGCUGAAGGCUCGCUCCAUCGACGUGGAUGAGGACGGGCAUAUCUUCCUCGUUCUAGACAAGAACGUCCAAGGCAUUCCUUGGGAAUCUCUCCCCGUCCUCAGAGGAAAGAGUACAAGUCGCAUCCCAAGCGUCGACUUCCUGCUGGAUCGUCUCGAGUUCUCUCGCUUGCAAAAGCAAAGGGCUCAAGCUACCUCGCUUGACCGAGCCACAGUUGACCCUCGCAAGACCUACUUCGUACUCAAUCCUAGUGGAGAUCUGAAGGGCACAGAAGGCCGAUUCGCCAGCUGGCUCAAGGAAAUGAAGACCGCCGGUUGGGACGGCAUCAUUGGCCGUCCGCCUAGUGAGCAACAGUUCCUAGAUGCGCUGGCAAAUCGCGACCUCGUGAUCUACUUCGGGCACGGUGGCGCUGAGCAAUACGUACGUUCGCACAAAGUUCGCCACUUGCAGCGUUGCGCAGCCACGAUGCUAUGGGGAUGUUCCUCUGGCACAUUGAAGUAUAUGGGUGACUUCGAUCGGACGGGCACCCCUUAUCACUACAUGUUAGCUGGCUGCCCAACUCUUGUCGCAAAUCUAUGGGACGUGACAGACCGCGACAUUGAUAAAUUCUCGCAGUCCGUUUUCGAUGAUCUCCAUCUCAACCCAGAUGCAGUGAAGAAGUGGUGUCCCGGAGGUGGGGAUCGCACGCCUAUGUCGAUCGUCAAGGCCGUGUCCCGUGCACGAGACAGCUGUAAGCUUCGGUACCUGACUGGCGCGGCACCUGUUAUCUAUGGGAUACCCUUCUAUUUGUGAUACCUCGGAGUAUAUCGUUUUUGUGCUAUAUCUAUAUGUAAUUGCAAGAGAUCGUUUUCUGGUCUGGCGGUUUC